CCACCACCUUCGACGACCUCAUUGCGUGUGUGGCCGCCAAAGACAGCCUUCGGGUAUAAGGAUUCUUUGAAAGAAGACCUUCAGCAAGCAGACCUUGUCAUCAGCCACGCAGGUGCAGGAAGCUGUUUGGAGAGUUUGGGAAAAGGCAGGCCACUUGUGGUAGUUGUAAAUGAAAAGUUAAUGAACAAUCAUCAAUUGGAGUUGGCAAAGCAGUUGCACAAAGAAGGACAUCUCUUCGUUUGUACCUGGAGCACGCUUCCUGGGCUGUUACAGUCAAUGGAUUUAUCAACACUGAAAUGUUAUCCUCCUGGCCAGCCAGAAAAAUUUUCUGCAUUUUUGGAUAAAGUUGUUGGAUUACAAAAAUAAACUCUCAACACUUUAAAAUACCCCUAAAUCCAGUUUAUGGGAUGUGAUUAAAUCAAAAUAAAUUUAUGGCAUGUA